GGAAAAAUCUGAAAUUGAAAUGAUAUGUAUAAUAAUAAAAUGUGUGAAAACUAUGAUAGGACCACAUAGUAAAAUUUUGUGUAACAUUCUGAAUAUGUAGUUGUUGUUUUUAUUCACAUAAUCUAUAUUUAAAAAAUGGGCUGCGUGUGUUGCUCUUUGAGUUCUUUUAUAUCCAUCGUCUUAGAUGCACUAGAAAGAGUAUCAUUAUGUACGGUGUGUGCUAUGCUCACAUGCUGCCUCAUGUUUACAAUUAUAACGGUACUUGUCAUGGGAAUAGGUAUCGGAUUUCACUAUUGUUUUGUACAAAAUUCGGUGGAGACUAUGGAAAAAGCUGCACAAGCGGCUGGUGCUAUGAGAUCAGGGGCGCCAAAACCCAGUAACCACGUUAUGCGUUCGGUAGAUAAAGCUGUAAAACGUGGAUUCGCGCAUCGAAUGUCAAGGAGGGAAGCAAGUCCUCCCCCUAUAUCGAACGAAAUUAGUAGUAAUUCUUCGACUUAUAUAAAAACAAAUUUAACAAGUACAAAUCAUACUGUUUCUGUGAUGUGAAUAGUGCUUGUCAAUUAUGUGUGUAUUCGAUUGUGAACCGUUACGUUUGAAAAUAAAACUAAGCAUAUCCGUUAAAUAUA